GCAACCACUCUAGAGACACCAGGUCCGGUCAUCUCACAGCGCAUCCCGUUACCUUUUCUGGAAGCCAACGGCCGAGGACGUGGCCGCAGCAACUUGUGGAGAAAUAAGAGUGAAUAAAAAAUAAAUGUCGCCGAGUUGUUUUUUUCUGUGUUGUUUGGGAAAGUCAUGACGCCAUCACAGAGAGCCAGGUAUGGAUGCGAAGCGGCACGUAACGCUAAAUGGAAAAUUGCAGCUCCUCCGGUGCCCUUGUUGAAGUGUGCUGGUGGGGCACCCCAGCCACGGCCCAUUCACCCCCACCCUAUGAGACAGGUAUAUAAGUCCCACUUCCCUCCUCCUCCUCCUCCUCCUCCUCACCUCCCUCUCUUCCACACCCGCCAUGCAGAGGAGAGCGCCGAGAGGCCCCAUCUGGUCACCAUCGUCCGCCCCUGUGAUCAAAGUACUUUACGCAAGGUAACAGUCCUGUUGAACCGUAGAGGUGUGGUGUCCUUCGAGCAGCUGCUACUGGAUAUCUCUGAGGCGUUGGGGUUUCCUCGCUGGCACAGAGCCAGAGUCACACGCCUGUACACGACCCACGCACGAGAGGUAAAAGGUGUAUGUGAUUUCUUCCGAGGCGAAGUGGCCUUCCUGGCGUUGGGGAAGGCUCGUCCAGAGCUGAGCAGUGUGCAGGAGGCUCUGGAGGAGCUGUUUCCAGAAUAUUCCCACUACCGGGCUGACGCGCUGCAAGCCUGGGAGAAAAGACUUCGUCCAGCGCCAGAUAAAGCAGCUAAGGCAGACAGUGGAUACAGUGAGGGGACAGACAGCGGCGAGACAAACUCUAACCAAGAGACACACCAGGACACAAAUACACAUGUCAAAAAUCAUACUAAUACGCACAGAAUGACACAGCUGCCUCACCAUUUAGACACACACCAGCCUGAAGAUUAUAACUCAGAUGUUCAGAAGUGUCAUAAAAAGAAUUCAUGCCGAAAACCUGCUCACCUGCCCAACCACCUGCAGAGACUGCGUGCAAGGGGCGGGGACAGAGAGCGACAGCCUUUGGUCAUUGGUCCAUUUAAACAUAAGGACAGUCUUAGAGAAGCAGACAUACCCUCUCCUACACUGUGUGAGAACUGCUUAGCAAGGAGAGCUAAACAUCAGGGUCCAGAAUGGCUCAACCCACUGUCAGGGAGGGUCCCACUUCCUCCUGUGUCGAGGAAGCAAAAAGGAAGUUCUAAUACAGAACAGGAAGUGAGAAAAUUGUACGUUCAUAUCAGCCCUCCACCUCCUCAGCCAGUCAGCAUAGAGGAGGAGAAGAGUCUUGCCCAAUUACAACUUUCAAAUCCACUUCCAGAUGUGGGUCACAAGGGCAUACAGCAGAGGACGACCUUUGACCUUCCCUCGGACGGCAGUGAUGUCACCCUGGCAGAUGUCGAGCAUUGCUAUGAAAUUGGACGUGUGGUUGGAGAUGGCAACUUUGCGGUAGUGCGAGAGUGCCGGCGUCGUGACAACGGGCAAACCCUUGCCAUAAAGAUUGUCGAACGCUCCAAGCUGAUUGGCCGAGAGCACAUGAUGCAGAACGAGCUGAGCCUUCUGGGUAGCCUCUGUCACCCUCGCAUAGUGCAGCUGUUUGCGCACCACCACACACACACUCACUCCUACCUGGUGAUGGAGCUGGUGAGCGGGGGGGAUCUGUUUGAGGCCAUCAGCGAGAGGGGGAAGUUUCCAGAGGCAGAGGCAGGACUGAUGGUGUCAGAUGUGAGUGAAGCACUGAAUUACAUCCACUGCAAAAGUAUCGUCCACCGAGACCUCAAACCAGAAAACCUACUGAUAGAGUGUGUUGCUGCUAGCAUCUGUAGGCUGAAGCUGGGAGACUUUGGUCUUGCCAUGGUUGUGACUGAACCAGUCUUCACCAUAUGUGGCACGCCCACGUAUGUAGCCCCAGAGAUUCUCCAUGAGACAGGUUAUGGUGUUGCAGUGGAUAUAUGGGCUCUGGGUGUUAUUCUCUAUAUCCUGCUGUGCGGAUUCCCCCCAUUUCGCAGUCGGGAUCGGGACCAGGAGGAGCUGUUCCAGCUAAUAAAACAGGGACACCUCCACUUUCUGUCCCCCUACUGGGACCCCAUCUCAGAAGAAGCCAGAGGCCUUGUCAGAGCUCUGCUUGAGCCAGAUCCCACAAUGAGGCUGACAGCAGAGCAGACCUUGCUGCAUCCCUGGGUGAAGGCUAUGGCUUCAAUUUGCAGGCAGAGGGCGCUCACAGACAAACCUCAGAGGAGCGCAGCGGCUACUGGCGCAGAACCAGACACAGUCCAGAUACUAGCUCAGACCAAUGCAGCAGAAACAAUGACAGACAAAACACCAGGACACACCAGCAGCGAGGAAGAAAACGCACAUAAAGAGCUCGGCAGACAUGAUGAGAGACAAACUGAGAUGAACACAGGAAGAGGACAAGAUGAGGACAAACCACCACAGCUACAAUCAAGUACAGUUUACACCAUAUCUCCACAGCUCAAAGUGCACACACCUUCAGAGGCCACACCUGGUCAACAGAGACCAGAGUGCACCUCUACAGACUCUGGGUCACCCAGCAGGGAGCCCAGCAGGCGAGAAAUACAGGAUCCAGGUCCCAAGCUGUCAAACACAGACUGGGAUCCUGGCAGCCCAACAAGCUCGAGCGUUGAACUCAAUCAGCUCGGCGUCCCCCGCAGCCCGAACUGAGCUUCCAUCUCGGACACAAUCAAAACAAAACAGCCGACAGCAGUCACCCCCAAAGUCACCACCUUCAACCAAUCAGGUGCAACAAACCACAGCGGGUCACUCAACACAACACCACCCAUCCUCUAACCCAGCAGCAGCUUCUUCAUCUCACUCUCUCCAUCAGCAGAACUUCACCUCUCCCCUGCACAACCCUCCCACAGCCACCGCCCAAAACCACCCAGCCCGAAAACUAUGAUGAGCCGAACGUUCGCACCACCAUCACCCACCCACCCACACAGUAGUCUUGACCUCACUGUCAAUCUCCUGUUUAACCGUGUGAUUAGAUCAGAUCAUCACUUUCAUUGUUCCGGACAAUGCCACUGAUUUCUCGGCAGCCGAAUCCUUGACUGGCAGUUGAUGUGAUUUACUCUCUUGGGAUUGAAUAGGGUUCUGAUUGAUGAGGUUAGAUAAAUCUCAUAAAUGUGUGUAAUCCAUGCAUCCUGCAAUCAUAAACUGAUCAGGAGAUGUGGUGUAAUGACCGAGGUAUGUGUCCAUCUAGGAUUACAAGAGGAGGAUGGGAUGGGAAGUAAUGAAGCACUGUGAACACGACGUUGAAAUUACUGGAAUAGAGUUGAUCAAGUAGGACUCAAUUUGGACAUAAACAUGUUUGCAGUUUGUCAUUGUUUCUAAUGUUGUGCUGAUUCAUGAUAAUACUUUUUAGUACAUUUCUGAAGUGUUUUUGUUUUGGUUGUUCCUAUAUUUGUUUCUGCAAACCAUGUUUAACCUUGAAAAUGUGAUAUGUUAUCAUGUCUGCCAUUCCUAGUGUAAGCUAUUUUUGAUUGCUUGCGACACUGACCGGAUCCUCCUUUUAUACCCCUAGAAGUCCAUUCCUAGAAGUAUAUGUGCGAGGAUCAUUUAACUACCAACAUUUGUUUACUAUACGUUUAUAAACUAAAAGUAUCUGUACCAAGAACUUUAUGUUUUAGUCCUAGUAAAAGUUUGCCAUAUUUACUAAAUUCUUGAACGCCAUCUUUCUGGCAAUGUGUUUAUUGUACAUAUUUUGUACUGGGUUGGGUUGGCAACAAACUACUGCUGAUUUGAAUUAAUCGUAAAUAUACAGUUGUACACUGUAACGGUGUGAUGACAAACAGCCAGUGAAUUAGCAAUCUGUGGCGAGAUUUGGACAAAUUAAUGUGUGAUAAGAUCCAGUGGCUAAUAAUGCUAAUUUCCAAGCAUUCAGGACACAGUGUGUGACCACAUACAGCUACUGUCAAACUGUGAGUGCACAGCUGAGAGUGUUUUGGCUCCCUGGCCAUUCCACACAGACCAAAUAAGGCAUAUCUGUCCGUCCAAUGGGAGUGGUUAGUCCUGUCCUUCCCGAUUGCAGGCAGCUGACACUGACAUCCUGUCCCACCUACCCCGAAGCAGGCACACACACAGUCCCCCAUCCUGUACACACACGCACCCCUCCCAGCCCUUGAGGCUGCUAAGCCACAUAUCUGGGGCACUGAAGGGAUGAAUAAGCUUAUAAAUGCUUCUGACCUAGUAUCAGUGGCCAAGGGCAGCUAAGGCUUUCUUCGAUCACCCUGUUUUUCUGGUUGAAUUAUUUAUGCGUUAACACACACAAACACCGGGUCCCUUUACAACCAGCUGAACCACUUUGAGAGAUUGCUGCCACAGGGGAAUAAACAUGGCAACAUAAACAGUGUGUUGUUUGUUAUAAAGUUUUGUCGAAAGUUUUUGAUGUCACAGAUUAGUGACAGUGUUAUUAAUGUGUUGUAAUAUGUAGAUGUGGUCCAUAAACACUGCAAAUGUAUAAAGGAUGCGUCCUCUGU